AUGGUGCCAUUGAACGACGCCGAGCUUAAGGCUAUCUCCAGCGGGGACUUCCCGGCUGAGUCAGGCGUCUACGGCGUCUACAACGACAAGGACGAGCUGCAGUACCUCGGGCUGUCCCGCAAGAUCGACGUGUCGCUCAAGGUCCACGCGGAGGAGCUGCCGGCCGAGGCCGUGAAGGCCAGGGCCAUGCCGCUGCCUGGCGCGUCCAAGGAGGCGCUCCAGGCGGCGUGGAAGGCGUGGAUGCAGGAGCACCUCAACGAGGCCGGCGCCCUGCCUCCUGGCAACAAUCCGGGCGAGAAGCGCUGGCAGAUGCGCGCGAAGAAGCCCGCGCGCCCGGACCUCAAGCUCACGUCCGGCAAGGGCCUCGCGGACCUCAACGUCCCGCUGGAGAAGCUGAUCGACGAGUGCAUCAAGGCGACACCCGUGAUCGCGUUCGUGAAGGGCACGAAGGAGAUGCCGCAAUGCGGGUUCUCGCACCGCAUGAUGCUCACGCUGAACAACCUCGGCGCCGACUACGAGGUCGUGAACGUCCUGGACGAGGUGUACAACCCCGGCGUGAGGGAAGCGAUCAAAGAGUACUCCGCGUGGCCGACGAUCCCGCAGCUGUACAUCCAGGGGGAGUUCGUGGGCGGCGCGGACGUCGUGGACGAGAUGCUCGUGUCGGGCGAGCUCCAGGAGAUGCUCGCGGGCGUCAAGGGGGCCGCGUCGAAGUGA